CUAAAAGUGUUAUUGAGAUGAGAGAUUAUAUUGGUAUGAAAAGUGCUGUUGGAGAUUGUAAAGUAAAGAAAUAUUUUGAAGUGGAGGUGUUUAUGUUGGGAUGGAAAAUAUUGUUGAGGUAG